AUGCUGCGGAACCAUGGUCCGGUCACUCUUCAGAUAUCUUUCAUGGCAAUCAUCAUCUCAUGGAUAGUGGGCCUGCCAAUCGGAAUCCUUAGCGCCGCGCGACAAGACUCGAUAAUAGACUAUUCAACGAGACUCUUCGUUGUGCUAUUCCUCGCGAUCCCGUCUUUCUGGCUGGCCGCCCUGAUAGUCCUGUUCGGCGUGUUGAUCUUUGAUUACUACCCUCCCCUGUUCUAUUCCCACAUCUGGGACGAUCCGGGGGCAAAUCUGGCAAAGACGACGGCCCCGGCCAUCGUUAUUGGGCUUGGAAUGGCUGCCAUGAUCGCGAGGAUGGCCAGGUCGUCAAUACUGGAAGUUCUCAGAGAGGACUACGUUAGGACCGCGAUGGCCAAGGGUCUGGCCGGCAGGGUUGUAAUGUGGCGACACGCAAUCAAGAACGCGCUGCUGCCGGUUAUCACUAUUGCGGGCAUUAUGAUGGGUUUCACGCUUGGCGGCUCUGUCGCCGUGGAGUACGCAUUCGCAAUUAACGGGCUGGGCGUCACCAUGCUCACGGCGAUCAUCGACAAGGACUUCAACGUGGUCCAGAACCUGGUCAUGAUUUACGCGGCCGCGUUCGUCUUUAUAAAUCUGCUCAUCGACCUUUCAUACGCCUGGGCCGACCCCAGAAUCCGAUACGAAUAA